CAAUUCGUGGACAGGUUUUUCCCAGCUGGUAAGCAGCAGGUCACUUAAAAGGACAUGUUUCAAGUUUCAAUCAAAGCGAUGAAGAACGUUCAUUUACUAAACACACUGUAAUAAACCAAAUGUACAUUUGUGCUGCAGCUACCGAAUUAAAUGCCCACAGAGCCGAAGUAGGUGUGAGGUACACCAACCCCCAACCAAGUGAAUCUCAAACUUGAAGCCAGUGGAUGCGAUUUAUUAAAACAAUGGAGGCCCUGUUAAAGAAGGAACUAAACACUAAUACCUGGAAGCCACAUGGAAGAGCUGGAGGGGGAUGUAUCAGCCGUGGUGAGGGGUUUCUCACUGACCUUGGACCAGUGUUUGUAAAAGUGAAUGGUGAGAAAGGGGCGCGUCAGAUGUUUGAAGGAGAAUUUGCGAGCUUAGAUGCCAUCCACAAAACCCAAACCAUCAGGGUGCCAAAGCCUAUCAAGGUUAUUGAUAACCCAGCUGGAGGUGCAUACUUAGUAAUGGAAUACAUGGACAUGAAGAAUUCUGGGAAGUUCGCUGCUGAACUUGGUGAAAAGUUAGCCAGACUCCAUUUGUACAAUGAAGAAGUUGCGAAGAAAUUACAGAGACAGGAAAGCUCAGUCCACCAAUCCACAGGUCCCAAAUAUGUUGACAUGUUUGGCUUUGAUAUCACAACUUGUUGUGGCUACAAUCCACAAGACAACACAUGGAAUGCAGACUGGGUGUCAUUUUUUACAAAUCAGAAGUUGAAGCCACAAAUAGAAAUGAUUGAGAAAGAGUACAGGGACAAAGAAAUGAGGGAACUAUGGCCUCAGCUUCAGAGAAAAAUCCCAGAGCUUUUCAAAGACAUUGAGGUUAAACCAGCCUUGUUGCAUGGUGAUUUGUGGGGAGGAAAUGUAUCUGAGACAGAUGAUGGCCCAUUGAUAUUUGACCCAGCAUCUUUUUAUGGACAUGCAGAGUUUGAAUUUGGCAUAGCUACUAUGUUUGGUGGAUUUGGCAGAACUUUUUUCGAUGCAUAUCACAAGCUUAUCCCCAAAUCACCUGGUUUUGAGAAAAGACUACCCCUUUACCAGCUCUUUCAUUAUCUGAAUCAUUGGAACCACUUUGGUACUGGAUACAGGAGUCAGUCUUUGAGCCGAAUGAGAGGACUCGCAAAGUAAAAUACUUCUCAGCAGUUUAGAACAUACGUACUUGGAAAAAAUGAAUAAGACACUACCAUAUUUGAUACUGGUAGUUGUCUGACAGCAGAAUAUCAGCUUUAUCUGUGAAACAUUCAACAGCGGAAAACAUUGGUGCUAAACAAGUAUGUGCAUAUUAUUUCUCUGUAGUCUGACAGGAGGAUUUAAGCUUUAUCUGUGAAACAUUCUACAGUGAAAAAAAAAAACAUUGGUGCUAAACAUUGUAGUAAAUAAUUUACCAGCUUAUUUUCUUCUUCCAAUCUUGUACUUUAAUUGAAGUGCAUUUGCAAAUGCUUGGCAAGGAGAAAGAAUUUUAAUGUUAAAACAGAAAUUCUGAGUAAUUAAGCUUGUAACAUAUUGUACAUUUGGACUUUAAAAUCUUCAGUAGAAUUCAUUUUGUUCAAAAAGUGGAUGAAUUUCACUUAUAUCUUGGCCUGGAGAUUUCCUAAAAGCAGAUUACAUGUAACAUACACUGAAUUAAGUGAAUUAGAUGGAUAACACAUUAUGUUACAUCUGUCUAAGAAAUCAGUUUAAUGAUUUUAAGAUUUUCAGUAGAGAAUUCAAAAUGUGUUUAUAAUGAUUGAUAUUUGAUUAGAAUGAAUAUAAAAUGACUAGUCUACUUAGGGCAGACAUUGCUUCCACAUAGGAUUUAUACAAGUCCAAUUUAUGACCUGUUAGUUUUUGGAAUCGAAAAGUGUUUGAAAGAAGUUUUGUAAACCUGGUUUUUACUCCAUAUGGGCUUUGCACUUGACAUCAGAAUGAUAUUAAGAUAUUUUAUUUCGUUUAUUGGCAUGUUUUAUCAUACACCGGGAUACUACAAUUAAGUUUUGAAAAAGCUGUCACACAGUAACUGGCUUAUUUUAACAAGUGCCUUUUAUGUUAUUGUAUGCUUGAUCAGGACAGACUGAUUAUGCUGAUGACAUUUGUUGUAAUAAGACUUGAUUUGAAUUUGAAUUUAAAUAUCACAUUAAGUGUGAUACUCUCAUGUAAAGAUCUUCCUUUAUUUUGUUUCUAAUGUAUUAGAGUGCAUUAUGUGUCUACAGAUAAAAGUGUUAUUAGUUUGUUAGCUACUACUUUACAACAUUUGAGGAAUAAAUUGCUAUCUCUAUUACAAAGAAAAUUUCAACUGCUGCUUUUAAAUGGAUAAAAAAUCUGUGAUUGAUUUUCUUCCCGAAGGUUUUUCAUGGAAAAUUGAAGUGGGGAAAGUAAUCUCUUUUAGAAAUGCUCUACAUUUGUUACAUAGAAAUUUUUUAAACAUAGAGUAGGCUGAUUUAAAAUAAUCAUUUUUCUUCUACUUGUUUCUUAUAUAUCAGAACUUCUUAACUAAUCACUUGAUGUGUCAACAUUUUGAUAUGAAAUUGUUAAAAAUAAUAAAUGACCAGGUUAUGGUCUCUUUGGGGAUAUAUGGAGCUGUUAUAUUAAAUUUGUUUAAAUAUACUGGACCGAUUUUGAUGGGGUUUUGUGGAUGCGCUGUGGUAGAAUAGUAUCAUGUUCUAAAGGCAGUUUUUGUUGUUUUUAGGUUUAUUAACCAAGUUGAUUAACCAAUCAAGGUGACAGCCAAGUGUGGUUUUCCCCCAUGAUACUGUCUCCAGUGCCAAAAUGACCAAAUUGACCCUAUCUCACAAUGGUGAAAAAUCUUCAAAAAAUCCCUGAAUUCAGAUGGUGAUCUGUAUCACCAUUAAAGCCUACAAUCACUUUUAAGUUAGGCCAUUUCUGUCCUGAAAAUUAAUCAAAACCCAUGCAUCCAUAACUUUUUGAGUUAGACUUGUGACUAACAAACAGAGGUAUAAAUAACCUUUUUGGCAGAGCUUAUCCCCAAAUCACCUGGUUUUGAGAAAAGACUGCCCCUUUAUCAGCUGUUUCAUUAUCUGAUUCAUUAGUGAGUUUGACAUUUAUAAGAUGCAAACAUUAUAGCAUAUAAGUUACCAUAUAAUUUCCCUGAUGCAUUAACUUCUGCCAGUUUUGUUCUUUAAUUGAAGUAUACUUGCAAAUGCUUGGUAAGGAGAUAGAAUUAAAAAGAUAUUCUAAACAAUAAACCUUCUGUAACUGUUGUACUGUUGGAAGAUAAAAUCUUCAGGAGUAAGAAUUUUGUUCAAUAGGUGGAUGAUAUUCACUUUUACAUCAUUUUCACUAAAAAUUUUUACCGUUUUUGAACGACUGAUAAAAAAAUCCAAAAUUUCAUUUGACUUUAAAGUUUUUCAACAAUUGAGAGAAUUGAACAAAUGGAAGUGAAAAAUUCAUUUCUUUCAGAAGUGCCCUUCAUUGAGGCAUUUCUAAGACAUUUCUCAAGAUUAUUUUCUGUGGCUUAUUGCCAUUUGAAUUUAUUGCAAAUUCAAUGCAGUACUGUAAUGUGCCAAGCAUUUCGACUGUUCCAAUCUAUCCGACAAGAAAAAAAUUAUAUUCUAAAAUUAAUUUUUCUGGGUUCAAACAUUUAGUCCAAACGUCAAAAUCAUGUGACAUAAUUUUUUUCUUGUUCCGAUUAUUCAACCACAUCGUCGGCAAGACUUGGUAAAUUUUCGAGCCUGUAACAUAUUUUGUGCAUCAUUAUUUUCUGCUUUUUAUCUCUACACUUGACAGCUUUACAGCCUUGUUUUGUUUUCAUUUUUUAACAUUUUACUCAAAUGACAUGCUUUUCAAGCAAAUUCACUAUUCACUGUUUAAUAUAUCUGUACACAAUUGGCAUUCCCAAUUGAGGAUCCAUGUUUUACUUUAAUGGUAAAUAUACACAUACCUAUAGGCUCUGCUUAACUGCAUGGUAGAGGAGUUAACCACAGGUAGGCUAAAAAUAAGUGAAAUGUGAAAAUAAUACUAAGUAUAUAUAUUGUAGCACACAAUUCAGAUUGCAUUUGCCUAUCAUUAUGUUUGUGUGUGUGUGUUGGGAAUAUGUAUAAGGAGGCAGAUUUAAAGACUGCAGUGACUAUAAGAAGUUACUUGGAGACAUCGAAAAAGAGGCAAGACAAAAUUGUCUGCUGUUAUUAAGAAAAAAUUCC